AUGGUGGAAGACUCAUCUGCAGAUCUGCGAAAUGAUAGCUCAGUAACAGAAUUCAUUAUUGUGGGGUUUCCCAGCACAAGAGAUGUAGAGGUCUCACUCUUCAUCCUUUUCAUAUCCAUGUACCUCCUCUCCGUCACAGGAAAUAUCAUUAUAAUUAUGACUCUUAAAAUGGACACACAGCUUCAUACCCCAAUGUACUUCUUUCUGGGAAACCUCUCUUUCCUGGAUGUGGGAUAUACCACAGUCACAGUCCCUAAGCUACUGUCUAUCCUCCUUACAGGAGUCAGAACAAUACCCUUUGCUGGCUGUUUGUUGCAAUCUUAUUUCUUUUUCUUCCUUGGUACUGCUGAGUGUUUCCUCCUUGCAGUGAUGGCCUAUGACAGAUACAUAGCCAUAUGUUACCCCCUCAGGUACUCAGUCAUCAUGAGCCAAAAGGUCUGUGUGCUACUGAUUAUUGGUUCUUGGAUAGGUGGUUGCAUCGCUCCUUUGGUGGCUGCCUUUUUGGUGAUUAGUUUGCCAUUUUGUGGCCCCAAUAUAGUUAACCAUUUCUUUUGUGAUAUCCCACCAUUGCUCAAGCUGGCAUGUGUGGACACAUCUAUAACACAGAAGGUGAUAUUCCUGCUUUCUGCCCUGGUUAUUCUAGGCACAUUCUUGUCUACUGUAGUCUCCUACCUGUAUAUUGUUAUCACCAUUUUAAGAAUUCCUUCUGCAGAAGGCCGGCAUAAAGCCAUCUCCACUUGUGCCUCCCACCUAACUGUGGUUUCACUCUAUUAUGGGACAGUGAUUUUCAUGUAUGUCAGUCCAACAACACGAUCUUCCUUCAACAUGAACAAAAUUGUAGCUGUUGUGUAUAGUGUGGUCACUCCAACAUUAAAUCCAAUGAUUUACAGUUUAAGGAAUCAGGAUAUGAAAAAGGCCUUAAAAAAAAUUCUCCUUAAGAGACGGACUCAUGGGAAAGAAUUUGAGUGGCCCAAGUAA